AUGACAUUCCUAAAAUUGAAUCUUAUAUUAUUUCUUCUAACAAUUGGACUUAUGGAACAAGUAACAAGUCAAUGUCCGAGUUCAUUUCCUAAUGGUGAUCCAUCAAAUUUAUGUUAUUAUUAUAAACAAAGUUCGUUUUCAUGGUCAGAUGCUUAUAAUCAAUGUUUAACUAAAACUACUGAUGGAAUUUUAAUUGAAAUAUUUACAAAUAAACAAUUGGAUGCUUUGAAAAAUGCAGAUAUCAUUGGCAAAGGUUUAUUUUGGUUAGGUGCAAAUAAUUUCGCAUCAUUUCGCGAUUCUAAAUGGCAUUGGCUUGAUGGAUCUGUUGUUGAUGAUACAGUUAUUCCAUGGUGUCCUAACAGUACAUAUGAAGUAGCACUUGGAACUUAUUGUGCAGCAUAUGAUAGUAUUCAAGGAUGUGUUAAUAAUUAUUUAUGUAGUACUCUUUUACCAGCUCCAUGUGUAUCAACAGAAAAUGCAGUAAAAGUUGAAACAAAAAUUCUUGCAAGUGCUAAAGCAAUAACUUCAAAUAUAUGUACAAAUGCAUAUGGAGGUGCUUAUGCAAAUUGGUGGACAUAUACACUUUUAUUACUUAAUUGGUUUAUACUCUUCUGUUUUAUACUUUAUUUAAGUAUUCGUUUUAAUAUUAACAAACGUACAGUUAUUGUAACAAUGAUUAUUAGUAUAUUAUCAUUUAUGAUGAUUAUUGCAUUUGCUAUUUUAUGGGGUGUACAAUAUCAAGAUAUUCUACAAAUACCAUUGAUUGUAGUUAUAAUUGGUUCUUUAGCUAGUGUGCUUUUUCUAAUGCAUAUAUGCAUUCUUGUAUCAAAUCGCCGAUAUGUGCAAAGAUCAUUAGCAUGUAUUAUUGUUACAAUCAUUACAAUAGUGAUUGAAUGUAGUUUAAUGAUUGCUUUGAUUCUUUGUAUUGCACAUUGUUCAGGAUAUGUCACACUCACAUAUUCGAGUAUUGAUAAAGAUAUUGUUGCUGCACUUUUAUCUGGAAUAUUGGCAGCAACAUCGAUUGCAUUCUACACUUCACUUCUUUAUUUAUUGGGAGAUGCAAGUUCAGAUCGUCGACAAAGUGCAAGAUCUCAUCCAGCUAAUUCACUUCCGUUAAAUGCCGCACAACAAGUUGCUCCUCGUCGAUCACAAUUUAAUAAUAAUGGAAAUGCAAGAGGUAUGACUACAAAACAACCUCAAAUGGACCGAGGAACAUCACCUGUGGAUGAACGUGUACUGGAAGAAUUUUAUCAUGAUCGUCCUAAAGAUCUGCAUCAAUAUGAAUUAGAUGGAAGACAAUAUGUCGUUUAUGAAGGACAUACGUUUUCCGAUAUUGAUGUAUAUCGAAAAGAUUUAACACAAGCUAUGUUAUUACAAGAACCUGCAGGUUUACGUGAAUCAAUUGCACGUGCGAAAAGUUCUGUUCAUGCAUCAACACUUACUGAAGAAAUUCAUCAAGCUGAAAGUUUACUAAUUCGAUUAACUUAG